UCCCACAACUCUUCCGAACAUUGGCCCGCCCCAUGAUUCUUCGCCAUUUUUUUUUUGGUUUUACGAAGUGGUCAUACUUCUCUCCACUCAUCAACUCCUCAUGGCUUCAGAGACCGAUGAGGAGAAUGCUUGGCAAGAGGCUUUACGGAGGAUGCUGCCUGCUGGAGCACCUUUACCAGACGAAGAACACCUUGAUUACUCGAUCGCCGUUGAGUAUCAAGGCCCUCCCGUGGCUCAUGAGCUACCGAAAAUUGACCCGCUUGAUUUGGAUUCAGUUUCGAUCCUCUCUCCUUCCAUCGUUCCGGUCUCCGACACCUCUUCGAUUCCGGUUGUCUAUCCUAUUGCUCCCAGGGCUUCCAGGUUCAAUCGGUUAAGAAAUGGAUCAGUCCCUCGUAGUCCAGUGGAGAGUCAUAGAUCAUCUUCAGUUUCAAUAGUUCAAUUGGAAUCACAGAAUAGUGAACGCUCAGAGUUUGCAAAUGGCGUAGACGAGGUGUUCAGUUCAGAAUUGUGCGUUCGGGACUUGAAUCUAGAGUCCGAACCUGCUACGAUCGAAGGGAAGCGUGCAAACACUGUGACGUUCGUUACUCCGAGAGAUUCGGAAGACGACGACGAAGAUGUAUUUUCCUCUCCCAGGUCGUGCACGACCGAUGCGACUACAUCCCCGGCCGUAUCCCGUGCCCAGGAAAAACGAUCGAAAAAGAAAGGAAUUUGUGGUAGAUGCAAGAGAGGGAAUCGGUUGAAAGAGAGGGAAGCUUGUUUGGUCUGUGAUGCACAGUACUGCGGUAAUUGUUUACUAAAGGCAAUGGGAUCAAUGCCAGAGGGACGGAAGUGCGUGAGCUGCAUUGGGCGGCCGAUAGCCGAGUUGAAGAGACCAAUUUUGGGCAAGUGUUCCAGGGUUUUAUCAAGAGUAUGUAGCCCUUUGGAGAUUGAGCAGAUACUGAAAGCUGAAAAGGAGUGCCCGGCUAAUCAGCUUCGACCCGAGCAGCUAAUUGUGAACGGAAGGCAAUUACGUCCAGAAGAAUUGGCCGAGAUUUUGGGCUGUGAGGUCCCUCCGCAGAAGUUGAAACCGGGAAGGUAUUGGUACGACAAGGAUUCAGGGCUUUGGGGAAAGGAGGGAGAGAAGCCUGAUAGGAUAAUUAGUUCAAAACUGAGUGUUGGAGGUAAGCUUAGGGCGGAUGCGAGCAAAGGGAACACAAAAGUUUUUAUAAAUGGACGUGAAAUCACAAAGAUUGAGCUCAGAGUAUUGAAGCUGGCCAAUGUGCAGUGUCCUCGAGACACUCAUUUCUGGGUGUAUGAUGAUGGAUCUUAUGAGGAAGAGGGUCAAAAUAACAUUAAAGGGAACAUAUGGGGAAAGGCAUCAACCCGCUUGUUGUGUUCAUUAUUUUCACUCCCAGUACCUCCCGGCAAUCCCCAUGGGGAAAAAGAAGAUCCAACUACCAUAUCUAGCAGGUCUGUGCCGGAGUAUUUGGAGCAUGGGAGAAUUCAUAAGCUUCUCUUGUUUGGGAUUGAAGGAACUGGAACUAGCACUUUGUUUAAACAGGCCAAAUUUUUAUAUGGGAACAAGUUUACUCCAGAAGAGCUCCAGAGUAUAAAGCUUAUGAUUCAAAGCAAUAUAUACAAGUAUCUUAGUACGUUACUUGAGGGCCGGGAACGAUUUGAAGAAGAAGCUAUUAUUGAGAAGGAAACUGGUGACAAAUUUGGAGGAACUGCUAUAGUAGAGAAAAAAGCCACUUGUUUGGAUGCUGGAAAGGCUGCCUCAGCUGAAACAGGAGUAAUAGAAAGUAAGCAAUGUGUAUAUUCAAUCAACCAAAGAUUCAAACACUUUUCUGAUUGGUUAUUGAAUAUCAUGGCUACUGGUGACUUGGAUGCUUUCUUUCCCGCUGCAACACGUGAAUAUGCUCCAAUUGUGGAUGAAUUGUGGAAAGAUUCUGCACUUCAGGAAACAUACAGGAGAAGGGAAGAAUUGCAUAGCCUUCCUGAUGUUACAAAAUAUUUUCUUGAUCGGGUGAUAGAGAUAUCAAGCAAUGAGUACGAGCCUUCUGACAAGGAUAUAUUGUAUGCUGAGGGAGUCAGUCAAAGCAAUGGCCUUGCCUUUAUGGAAUUUUCUUUCGAUGAUAGAAGCCCCAUGUCUGAAGUAUAUGGUGAAAAUCUAGAAUUGCCCACUCCAGUAACGAAAUACCAACUUAUUCAAAUAAAUUCCAAAGGAUUGGUUGAUGGUUGCAAAUGGUUAGAAAUGUUUGAAGACGUGAGGGCCGUGAUAUUUUGUGUUUCCUUGAGUGACUAUGACCAAAUGUGGUCCCAUAGUAAGGGUCCUCUGCAGAAUAGAAUGCUGGCUAGUAGAAAUUUGUUUGAGCGUUUGGUGAGGCACCCUUGUUUUAGGAAUACCCCUUUUGUCCUGCUGUUAAACAAAUAUGAUGCAUUUGAGGAAAAGAUAAACCAGGUUCCAUUAUCGACUUGUGAGUGGUUCCAAGACUUCUGCCCAGUAAAACCACACAACAAUAAUCAGACACUGGCACAUCAAGCGUACUAUUACAUUGCAGUGAAAUUCAAGGAGCUAUAUUUAUCUAUUAGUGGCCAAAAGUUGUUUGUUUGGCACACACGAGCUCGAGAGCGGGCCUCAGUGGAUGAUGCAUUUAGGUAUGUUAGAGAGGUUCUCAAAUGGGAAGAAGAGAAGGACGAUAAUUUGUAUGAUAUCACUGGAGACGAGUCAUUCUACAGCACUGAAAUAAGUUCCUCACCAGGCAUGAAUAAUCUACCAAUCAGUUGAGGCUAGCUGGACGGUCGUGGUUCUUUUACCAAGAGGGAUGGAAUAGCCUGUUGAAUUGCUUUUGCCGUUCUCAAUUAACAUUUUUGGUUUUCCACUUUUUUUCGUCUGAAUUCUGAAUGGAAUUAUGAUUCAUAGAUUUAGGAAAUAGAUUGGAAUAUUGUAUUUGACUGGGGGAGGGCGGGAUUGAUUUAUUAACCUGAAUUUAGGGGUGAUUUGUUGUCUGUAUAGCAAGAGUACCUUAUUUAAGUAAUAAAAGGCAAGGUCUUCUCACAA